UGUUUUUUUCAAAAUUGGUACUGCGCCUGCGCAACGAUAGGAGUCCUUGGCUGGUUGGCCUGCUGUAGGUUACAGAACCCGUGAGGGGACACAGACAAAAUGCAGAGCUGGACACAGUUAUACCGCUCUCUGGCCACGCGUAGCCACCAUCUCCCCUGCAAACUGCAUGGAGCCACAGCUCUUUCUGUCAGAACCUAUGCUGAUAAAGCCGCAAUUGAUGCAGACGUCACAGUGGUGGGCUCCGGUCCAGGUGGCUACGUUGCUGCCAUCAAAGCUGCACAGCUUGGCUUCAAGACGGUGUGUGUUGAGAAAAAUGCCACGCUGGGUGGGACUUGUCUCAAUGUUGGCUGCAUCCCAUCAAAGGCUCUGCUGAACAACUCGUACUUGUACCACAUGGCUCAUGGCAAAGACUUUGAAAGCAGAGGCAUUGAAAUUUCAGGCCUCUCGUUGAACCUGGAAAAGAUGAUGGCUCAGAAGAGUGGGGCAGUCAAAGCUCUGACCGGAGGAAUCGCACAUCUAUUUAAACAGAACAAAGUGACCCAUGUCAACGGUUUUGGGAGGGUGACUGGUAAGAACCAGGUGACUGCUACAACAUCCGAUGGUGGUGAACAGGUCAUCAACACAAAGAACAUCCUCAUCGCCACCGGCUCCGAGGUCACACCUUUUCCUGGUAUCCAGAUCGAUGAGGAGACUGUUGUGUCAUCGACAGGAGCUCUUUCUCUGAAGAAAGUACCUGAGGAGUUGAUUGUGAUUGGAGCUGGAGUCAUUGGAGUGGAGCUAGGCUCAGUGUGGCAGCGUCUGGGCUCAAAGGUCACAGCGGUGGAGUUCCUCGGUCAUGUGGGUGGCAUGGGCAUCGACAUGGAGGUCUCCAAGAACUUCCAGCGCAUUCUGCAGAAACAGGGCCUCAAGUUCAAGCUCAGUACGAAAGUCAUGGGAGCUACAAAGAGGCCUGAUGGCAAGAUUGAUGUGGCAGUGGAAGCAGCAGCUGGAGGGAAGAAUGAGACUCUGACAUGUGACGUGCUGCUGGUCUGCAUCGGCAGACGACCUUUCACCCAGAACCUCGAUCUCGAAUCUGUUGGCAUUGAGCUGGACAACAGGGGUCGCAUCCCUGUCAACAACCGCUUCCAGACCAAAGUGCCGAGUAUUUAUGCAAUCGGUGAUGUCGUCGCCGGACCGAUGUUGGCCCACAAGGCUGAAGAUGAGGGCAUCAUCUGUGUGGAGGGCAUGGCUGGUGGUGCUGUGCACAUUGACUACAACUGUGUUCCCUCCGUCAUCUACACACACCCUGAGGUGGCCUGGGUGGGCAAGACAGAGGAGCAACUCAAAGAGGAGGGUGUCCCUUACAAAGUUGGCAAGUUCCCCUUCGCAGCCAACAGUCGAGCCAAAACCAAUGCUGACACUGACGGCAUGGUGAAGAUCCUCAGCCACAAAGAGACAGACAGGAUGAUGGGAGCUCACAUCCUUGGAUCAGGAGCCGGAGAGAUGAUCAAUGAAGCUGCUUUGGCCAUGGAGUACGGGGCCUCAUGUGAGGAUGUUGCCCGGGUCUGCCAUGCCCAUCCUACAGUGUCGGAGGCUUUCAGAGAAGCUAACCUCGCCGCCUCCUUUGGCAAAGCUAUCAACUUCUAAUCUGCCAGCCGCUGUCGCACCUUCAGCAGACGUAGCAGUGGAGAAGCACAAAGCUGUGUGUCUGCGUCAACACCUGCAUCAGUUUCACCCCAUUGAGAUCCUCUGUAUACAUCCAACCUGUACCACAUUUAGUUCUAAUGUUAUUUAAAUGUUCUCCAUAAAAUAAUAAAAGGGGGUUUGGGUGGUAACUAAGCACUGACUGCAGUCAGUUUGUUUUCCACACAUAGUUUGAAAGAUUCCAGAAGAGAAUAUCAUGCACUUAUUUCCAGGAUAUAGAGGUAUAAAUAUUACUUUGGCAGGGUGCCUGUGGUUUCUCUUAGAAGGGAAAAAAGAGAUCUUUUUGUCUUUUGGUUUUUUACAGUGUGAAAGAAUUCAACUGAACAGUAAUAUGGGUAGUCAGAGCAGGAAACUGGAGCUGCUUGUGCUUUCACAUUUGUAAACUUUAAAGGUCAAAGCCGCACUAAAAAUUGCACUUUGUGGGUCAAACCAAUUGAAACAUGUCAAACUCCUUUCCCUGCUUCAGUCAGUGUAUUGUGCAAAAUCAGAUUUACAACAUCCAUGAGGGUUUCUCUACACAGAGAACAGCUGUUUUCUGUCUACCUGGUAUUGAUGGACCCACAUUAAGUCAUUGGUGGCGAUCGGUUAGUAGUUUCCUGCUCUUAUUGCUUCACUGUGAUUGGCUGUGGCCUGUUCUUGCUUAUUUCACCUUCUAAACCAAUAAAUGCAGUAAAGUAAGA